AAUUCACUCAAAUUCUGAAGUUAUACUGAGUUUCAGCAGCAGCGACUGCUGAUGAUAUCCCCGUAGCCUACGUUGUCGGUGUAAAUCUGGGCAGCUAUGAGCGGAACUAUCGACGGUGUUGUGUCCCCCACCCAAACAAUUACAAUACCUGCCGACAUCUCCGGACAGAUGUUAGAUCUAGACGAGGAUGACGAUUUAGAAGUUUUCAGCAAGGUAAAAAGAACACUAGCCUAGCCUACUAAUGUGGAACGUACGGGGAAGUUUAGAAACUGAGUUGGCGCAGGGGGUUGAUGCGAUAUGUCUGUGCUACGUGGAUAGCCUACAUUUGACACUCAGUUCUGAGUUAAUCGUUUAGGGAAGGUUGCAUUGCUUUUGUAAAUCCAAUUAACUUCAGGCAGAAACGUGCAUUGUUACGGUGCGUGCCACUUGGAUAGUCUAAAAUGUAUCUUUUACCAGUUUAAAUCACAGUAUUUUACGUAGUCUACAUUAAUGCACCAUAACUACAUCUUAAAAGUAUAUUUUAUAUCAGACAUUGGCUCGAAAAAAGUAUUGACGUAUCACCCUUUUCAAUUAUCUGCUGAUGUUAGGCAUGUUUUUGUCCGUUUCAAAGGUCACUCGAUCAGGUGCUGUCAUGCAAAUAGUAUUAGGACUAAUGCCGCGUUCAAACAACUGGGAACUCGGAAAAAUACGGGGUCAAAUCAUGACGUCAGUGAUCUUCUGCUCGGAAAGUCGGAGCUCUAGAAAGUGGCCCGAGUUCCCGAAUUGGAAUUCCGAGUUGGAUCACCGUUCAAAUCGAUUUUUCCCAGUCGAAGCUCGUUUUUUUCCCGCGUUCCCAGUUGUUUUGAACGCAAUGAAGUCUGAAGUCGGAGAUUUCUGAGUUCCAAGCGACCAGUUGUUUUGAACACGGCAUACUUAAUCUCGUUGCCAUACACAGAGGCGUCAUGCCCAUAGGGGGCACGUGCCCCCUUAAAUUAGUCCUGUAAUUUUUAUUUUAUUUUUUACAAAUGUUGUUUCUCUGUGAUACUACUAGCCAUCUAGCAAUUUUAUGAAGUUGGCUUUAGCUAGCCCAGAUAGGUUCCCAACGUCAUAACUAGCUACCAAGAAGCCAUUUCAGGCAAUCAAUGAAGUUAGAGUAGCUUUCUUGUCUACCAUAGCUGGCAUGGCUGCUGGCAAGAUUGGUAGACUUUAGAAAAGCAAACAAUUACUAAAUGUUAGUGCUGAGCGAUUAACUGAAAUGUCAGUUAUUUUUUUAUUUUUAAAGAACUAAUUGACCGAAGUCCGUUAAAUUAUUUGAAUUUCAUUUAGUUCGUUUUUUUCUGUGAACUCAAUGCGCACAUUGCGCUGCAAUUUCUCUAGAGCUAAAUCAGAUCAAGCACGAACUGUGCGAUCUUGUAGGGAGUUGUAGUUUCCAAUGUUCCACAUAGUUUAGUGCAGAAAAUCUGGUAAUUAACUACAAAGACCAUAAUCCAUUGCGCGCCUAUUUGUCCGGUCUGUUUCUUUUACACCUGCUACGUAAAAGAGAGAAGAAUGUGCGAUCAAGAGGGAUAGAAAGCAGUUGCUUCGCGACGUAUCUCUACCUGAACAUAUACUUUUUUCUUCUUCAUAGAAUUAAGCAUAAUGAUUAUGACUAGAUUGAAGGAAAACGGUGUUUGAAAAAUGCAAAAUGCUCCAAUUUACAGACGUGGGCCUAAACCCGAUUUUCCCCAGCCAUCUUCACUUUUGUACCCCCUCAGAUUGUUGGGGUGCAUGAUGCCCCUGUUGCCUAAUGUAGCAAUGUUUUUGAUACUCUGUCACAUUUUGUUGCCAAAUCUGAUUGUUGCAUUAUCAUUGCUGGAUGAAAGUUGUGGCCGCCAAGAUCUCACAACUAAGUUACAGGGUUUUUGAAGUUCUUUCAUCUGUCAGACUAGCAGAAGAAACAGACACAUUUUGCAAUGAACUUUCUGCCUUUCAGCAAGAAAGCCGCUCAUGGUGCCAACUAAAACUGCCAUGAGGGGACAGGAAAUCAAAUCAAGUGCAUAUUUGAUCUAAAUCGAAUUGUUUAUUUGUAGCCUAUUAUUUUUGCAACAUCACAGAGAAAGCAGUUAAAAUAGUUACAUCGUUGUUGUUUCAGGUUGUGCUGUUCCCAUUGUUUUGCGGUGCAUAUCGCAGCCAGGGGAGUAGCCUAGGCAGCAGGCUAUGCAUUCUGCUGACUACAGUAGCCUCUCAGUUCAGUGUUAUUACAGGAAGCGUCAUGAAAGGACAAUGAUAAAAGAGUGUCAUGCUGCUCCCUGUGAACAAUGGCACAUCAGUUCAAGUCCGCUGAAACGUUUGUAUGUUGUAGAUGGCCUGUCCAUGAUUUGACUAUGACACUACCAUGGGUUGUUGACAUCGGAUUGUGGAAAGGUGAAUAAAUGAUUUGCAAAUGGUGCCAUAUAUUUCUUGACAAACUGCAUAUGGAGAGGAAGUUCAGGGACCAUUAAAUACAACUGACAGUUGAAAGUUCCUUAUCACAAACAAACUCGGUAGGAUAGCCUACAGGUAGGUAGGACUGUUAGCCAUUUUAUAGGAUCUGAGGACAUCCCUCAGAUGAUAAAUGCAUUAAACUUACCUGACCCAUCACAUGUGACCUGUUGGACAAAAAUGUGAUGAAUGCACAAAUUGUCACAAAUGAUGUGCUACCUUGUCCCGGACCUGCUGUCUCGACCUCGGAAUGGUCGGCUAUGAAAAGCCAACUGACAUUUACUCCUGAGGUGCUGACCUGUUGCACUCUCUAUAAACACCAUUACUAUUAUUUGACCCUGCUGGUCAUCGAUGAACGUUUGAACAACUUGAGGAACGAUCUGACCUAAAUGGCCAUGUACUCUUAUCGCCACCCGGCACUGCCAGAAGAGGACUGGCCACCCCUCAGAGCCUAGAUCCUCUCUAGGUUUCUCCCUAGGUUCCUGCCUUUCUAGGGAGUUUUUCCUAGCCACUGUGCUUCUACAACUGCAUUGCUUGCUCUUUGGGGUUUUAGGCUGGGUAUCUGUAUAAGCACUUUGUGACAACUGUUGAUGUAAAAAGGGCUUUAUAAAAUACAUUUUAUAAGGGUUGACCAAGCAGGCAAUGAGAGAACUGAGUAGGGUGAUAAUAUAAACUUGAAGUUUUUUACAGAUUAAGAGAAAUAAAAAAAACAGUGCAUAAAAAGGGUACUUAAAGGUCUGUAAAUUAAUUAAAGUAAAACUGUUUCAACACCUCAAACAUAGAUACAUGUAUAAGUGAGGUCUACAUGGCAUAACAGGAGCAACUCCAAGGGUUAACUCCAGCCAUAAUGUUAGAGCACAGAAUAUAAAGGGAUGGCCAGUUCCAAAUAUCUGAGGCAGGAUGCACAUAAAUGCACACAAAAGAUGCACAUAAAUGAUCAAGGAUCUGUUCUUAAAUGUUUUAGCAUAAACAUGAUUUUAAGCAUACAUAUUAUUAUUGUAUUUUUUAUGAUGCAUUUUAAAUAUAUGCAUUUUGAAUAGAAAAUUCUAGCAUAACAUUUUAAACUGGGGAACUCCAUUUCCCCUAUGCUGGACAGCGGUGGUAUCAGCUGACACGCCCCUCAAUUUCAGGAUAAUAGGACGUGCCAAUUAGCAGCAUGCCCUCUAACAAGCGCACCUGGCCUUCAUGCUGCAGACAAGGCACCCGAAAAGAUCUGCAGAAACUCAAAUGGUAAAACCUAGAAAUAAUUGCUGGAUUUAGAUGUUACAAAUAUAAAUCAAAGAGCGUGCACUCAACUUAAAAUUAAUAUAUGCAACAAUUCAAUAAAGAUGUCUUUGAUAUUUGAAAUGGAAACCACGUGUUGGGUCAUUAUUUGAUUGGACACAAUGUUUGGUGCAAAUGAAUGUUAAAGUGCAAAGGAAAGGGCUUCUUAGCUGUGUGGCUACAUGUGGCCGUCACAUCACAAGAUGGUGCCGCGUAACAAUCUCAUACACUAUGUACUGUAUGGUAUUUACUGUAGUCUGUUGUGACAGAAGUAACUGGCCAGCGCAUGUGAGUUUUGGUUCUGGGUUCCUCCUCCAGAUUAUUUAAAUCAGUUCUGCCCUUCAUGAUUUGUUUUUCUAGGAUGCGACCCUUGCGGACGGGAGUAUGUUCAAUGCCUCCAUGCAAACAUCCCCAGGCUCCAUGGUCAACCAGUAUAAGUUUGAGGAGGACGAGGAGGGUGACUCUAAAGACAUUUUCAUUACCGUGGACAACCCAGAAAGUCAUGUGACUGCCAUUGAGACCUUCAUCACCUACAGAGUUCUGACCAAGGUGGGGGGGGGGUGUCCUCAUUGUGGGCAUGUGUAAUGUACUGUAUGUCCUCUAGAAAUUGAAUUGCAUUGAUUGUACAGUAUAUACCAGAUUGUGUAUUUGCCAAUAGGAUUGAGUUAAUCGGGUUCUGUGUUUCUCUCCCUCGGCCUCCCUCAGACCACACGGAGUGAGUUUGACAACUCUGAGUAUGAAGUCCGCAGGCGCUACCAAGACUUCCUCUGGCUCAAAGGGAAACUGGAGGAGGCCCACUCCACUCUCAUUGUUCAUGUAUGUAGUCUCUGACCUGUGAAGGAAUUGAGAAUUUGGUUAAACUCCACACUAUCGAUCCACUGUAUAUAUUUCUGAGCUUAAUCCUCCUUCCUGUCCUCAGCCUCUGCCAGAGAAGUUUGUGGUGAAGGGGAUGGUGGAGAGGUUCAAUGGUGAUUUCAUCGAGACACGGAGGAAAGCUCUCCACAAGUUCCUUAACCGUAUCGCUGAUCACCCCAUUCUGUCCUGCAGCGACGACUUCAAAGUCUUCCUUACUGCUCAAGUCUGGGUAAGCAAGCAUAUACCAAACUCGUACAUAACAAACCACACCAAACACAUACUCCAUAAAAACUUUCAGAGAGCACACAAAAGACAUACACGUUACGCAGUCAGACUACACACACCUGCUACGUCAAGCUAGUCUAAUAACUCGCACAUGGUGUAGUCACGCUGCCCUACCACAACCUGAUUAGCCUACUAGUUUAAUGCCUAGACUUUAACUCUGUGUGAAUGAAUGCUUCCCUUGUGUCCCAGUGUCUUUUUAGAAUGUUAACAGUUCACAGAUCAAAUCAAAUCGUAUUGGUCACAUGCGCCGAAUACAACAGGUGCAGACAUUACAGUGAAAUGCUUACUUACAGCCCUUAACCAACAGUGCAUUUAUUUUAAACAAAAAAGUAAGAAUAAAACAACAACAAAAAAAAGUGUUGAGAAAAAAAGAGCAGAAGUAAAAUAAAGUGACAGUAGGGAGGCUAUAUAUACAGGGGGGUACCGUUGCAGAGUCAAUGUGCGGGGGCACCGGCUAGUUGAGGUAAUAUGUACAUGUGGGUAGAGUUAAAGUGACUAUGCAUAAAUACUUAACAGAGUAGCAGCAGCGUAAAAAGGAUGGGGUGGGGGGGCAGUGCAAAUAGUCCGGGUAGCCAUGAUUAGCUGUUCAGGAGUCUUAUGGCUUGGGGGUAGAAGCUGUUGAGAAGUCUUUUGGACCUAGACUUGGCACUCCGGUACCGCUUGCCGUGCGGUAGCAGAGAGAACAGUCUAUGACUAGGGUGGCUGGAGUCUUUGACAAUUUUGAGGGCCUUCCUCUGACACCGCCUGGUAUAGAGGUCCUGGAUGGCAGGAAGCUUUGCCCCAGUGAUGUACUGGGCCGUACGCACUACCCUCUGUAGUGCCUUGCGGUCGGAGGCCAAGCAGUUGCCAUACCAGGCGGUGAUGCAACCAGUCAGGAUGCUCUCGAUGGUGCAGCUGUAGAAUUUUUUGAGGAUCUGAGGACCCAUGCCAAAUCUUUUCAGUCUCCUGAGGGGGAAUAGGCUUUGUCGUGCCCUCUUCACGACUGUCUUGGUGUGUUUGGACCAUGAUAGUUCGUUGGUGAUGUGGACACCAAGGAACUUGAAGCUCUCAACCUGUUCCACUACAGCCCCGUCGAUGAGAAUGGGGGCGUGCUCAGUCCUAUAUUUUUUUUCCUGUAGUCCACAAUCAUCUCCUUUGUCUUGGUCACGUUGAGGGAGAGGUUGUUGUCCUGGCACCACACGGCCAGAUCUCUGACCUCCUCCCUAUAGGCUGUCUCAUCGUUGUCGGUGAUCAGGCCUACCACUGUUGUGUCGUCGGCAAACUUAAUGAUGGUGUUGGAGUCGUGCCUGGCCAUGCAGUCAUGGGUGAACAGAGAGUACAGGAGGGGACUGAGCACGCACCCCUGAGGGGCCCCCGUGUUGAGGAUCAGUGUGGCAGAUGUGUUGUUACCUACCCUUACCACCUGGGGGCGGCCCGUCAGGAAGUCCAGGAUCCAGUUGCAGAGGGAGGUGUUUAGUCCCAGGAUCCUUAGCUUAGUGAUGAGCUUAGAGGGCACUAUGGUGUUGAAUGCUGAGCUGUAGUCAAUGAAUAGCAUUCUCACGUAGGUGUUCCUCUUGUCCAGGUGGGAAAGGGCAGUGUGGAGUGCGAUAGAGAUUGCAUCAUCUGUGGAUCUGUUGGGGUGGUAUGCAAAUUGGAGUGGGUCUAGGGUUUCUGGGAUAAUGCUGUUGAUGUGAGCCAUGACCAGCCUUUCAAAGCACUUCAUGGCUACAGACGUCAGUGCUACGGGUCGGUAGUCAUUUAGGCAGGUUAUCUUAGAGUCCUUGGGCACGGGGACUAUGGUGGUCUGCUUGAAACAUGUUGGUAUUACAGACUCAGUCAGGGACAUGUUGAAAAUGUCAGUGAAGACACUUGCCAGUUGGUCAGCACAUGCUCGGAGUACACGUCCUGGUAAUCCGUCUGGCCCCGCGGCCUUGUGAAUGUUGACCUGCUUAAAAGUCUUACUCACAUCGGCUACGGAGAGCGUGAUCACAUAGUCAUCCGGAACAGCUGGUGCUCUCAUGCAUGCUUCAGUGUUGCUUGCCUCGAAGCGAGCAUAGAAGUGGUUUAGCUCGUCUGGUAGGCUUGUGUCACUGGGCAGCUCGCGGCUGUGCUUCCCUUUGUAGUCUGUAAUAGUUUUCAAGCCCUGCCACAUCCGACGAGUUCUUAAGAGGAUCAAGUUUAGACAACGCAUAUUAUACUCUGUCGUUUCAGGACGUAAUGUUAAGCCUCAAUGAGAACAGGGAUACAACCACUGGAUUGUAGUUUAGGUUGAAGGGGAAUUUUCUCAUCUUAUCAGGCACUUGGUGUGUGGUUUGAGUUUGUAGAACAUAACAUUUAAUUCAAGGUCAAUUUGACAUGAAAGCCAUUUCUGUAACUUGAUGACAGUGGAAUGUUCUAAUCUAGAGCACAUGUUAUUGUAGGAAUGAAAGGAUAGGAUACAGUAUCUGUCUCUGACAUACUUAAUUUAUGUCUAUCGAUAUUAUGUAAAUCUCACUCCUUCCAAUGUAAAGCAUAAGUAAGAUCAAUGAAUAUAAUUUGCUGCAAUCUGCCAUACUACAGGAUGGGACUUUGUCAAAGAUCAUUGAUUGUUCUAAAGCCUUUAUUUGACCCCUGUUUGUGUGCAUGCAUGCUUGCGCAUGUGUCUGUCCAUCCGUCUGUCCCUGUAGGAGCUGACAACCUAUAAGAAGCAAGGACCGGGGUUCUUGAGCAGGAUGGGGGAGACGGUGCGAGCGGUGGCUAACUCCGUCAGAGGGGUGAAGAACCGGCCAGAGGAGUUUACUGCCAUCCAAGAGUACGUAGAGGAUUUCAGCAACAAGAUCACCUCCCUGGACAAAGUCACCCAAAGGAUCGUCAAAGAACAGAAAGGUAAGACCACAGAGUUAAAUAGAACUCUAUAAACGUACCACCACCUCACUGGAUUACAUGGGAAUGUAGCGUUUUCAAUCAGACUUGUACAUUAUGGGUAGUUGACCGUACAUCUCUUCGUUUCAAACAUGGAGAAUGAUAGAGGACUCUUGUUCUUUGUAUCUGUACCAUUAUGGUGUCUGUGAGCGCACGUGCAGCGACAUUGAGGCAAUCUCCAUUUUGAAGUAGUACAUUUUCUUCUACUACUUCUGAGUUGGUAAACAAACUGCAAGGGUGCAUACAACCACCUGGAGUGUGUUUGAACAGGUAUAAAGCCAAGCUUGGAUAUUUACUGCCACCUCCAGUUAUGGAAUAUUUGCUCACAAGGAUAAUUCAUUGGCUGAUGACCCCGAUGGAAUUAUGUGAUCCUUUAUUAACCCAUAGGAAGUCCCACCCAGUUGACUACUUAAAAAUUAUGAAAGUCCUCAAUGCCGCUACCCAUGCUAGAACAGAGUCCUCUAUGGUCUCAAAGUACCUGGAGGAGCUGAAAGGUAGUGCAUUGUGGGUAGUGUAGUUGACAGUACAUAUCCCUGUUUGUGUCGCAAGAGUAUCUGGAGGAGCUAAAGGAGUACGGUCCCACGUACACCCUGUGGUCGGGCUCAGAGGAGGAGCUAGUGGAGCAGUUAAAAGGUGUAGCCGGCUGCAUAGAAAGGUGCUGUAAAGAGACAGAGGAACAGGUCGGCCAUCUCUCAGACACCCUGGUGCCUGCUUUACACGAGUACGUCCUGUGUGCUGAGACACUCAAGGUAAGACCACUCCUCUGCAGUAAGACAGUAAAGGAAGUCGUUUAAGCGGCUGUUAAGUGGCGUUUAAGACGUCAUGACAGCCCAGCACUGUGCAGUUGGCAAAAUGACAGCCCAGCACUGUGCAGUACUUGCUAAACCUGUAUUAUGUUGAUGAAACCAUGAAAGGCUUUGACUUAACUUGCCCCCAUCACCCACACAUAUUUACAUAGUCUACAUACACAAACAUACUUACUGCGUAGAUAAUAUCAAGCCUAAUGCAUCGUUUUGUUGGUGUUUCAGGAAUAAGCAAUGAUCACUGCUAGAUUAUUUUAUUUUCCUUUUCUCUAGGCAGUAUUGAGACGGAGGGAUAACAUCCAGGCAGAAUUUGAGGCCAAGAAUGAAGCUCUGGCCACCAAGAAAGUCGACCGAGAUGCAGUAAGUGCAAUACUGACUCUUUGUAAAUGUAACAUGGUCAGUAAGCUAGUCAGUGGGGGGGGGGGUUCAAGUGAGUGUUAGUUUAGGAAAGGCAAUUUUUUUAUUCUAGAAUUUUUUAUAUGCAUCUUCUAUAAGCCACCAGUCGGCCUACCUGAUGCUUCAGUGCAAUUUCCCAGAGAUUAGGAGUAAUAAAGCUGUGCUGUCUGAACUGCCUCCUCGUCACCUCUCAUUUGAAAUCAAGCGGUCUUAAGCCAGAGGAGGAGCUUUGGCGAUAUUGGAAAAGGCCUCCUCUGAGGAUUAUCUAAAUAUCUCCGGAUAGUUCAGGAUGUCCCUCUUGAGCUCCUGGCAGACUUCAGGAAACUGGGUGGUAAAUAUUGUCUAAUAUAGCCUUGAUAAUCACUGCGUAAUGAAAACUCCCACAUCUAUCGACGUCUUACAUCGAAAUGCCACUGACUGGUGGUAAGAUCUGAUAUGGAUGGAGAAUGAAGAAUGGAAAGGGAUUGAGAGGACAGAACUGUUUGGGAUAAUUGCUGUUCAAAUCCUGUGGGUGUCCCUGGUUCCUUCCUAGCUUAGCAGUGACCUUUUACCCUGAGAUUUUAAUUAGGUUGCUGGCUGAGAAAUCACCUGUGGAUUUCCAACAAUGCACUGUAGUAGCGUGUGUUUAAACAAUGGGAUCUAGAGUUCUAGAACAAUGAAGGACUGUGAGGAUGAGGUUUACAGUGCUUUGUGAAUGAGUCAAUGUCAAAUGUAUGCCUUUGUAGCAGGUCCCAGUGUUUCACCAAACACAAUAACUGAGUAAGAUCUUUCAUGUAGUUUCACCUGGAAAGACUAUAUGCAAAAUAAGAUUAGGCUACAUUCAUGUGACAGUCCAACGCAGUGUGACACGUACAUUUAUGUCAUACAGACAAUUCUGAAAUAUUCAGCUAGGCAUGUACAAAUGUUGACAACUUGAAUAUUUUGUCAUUAGUAAUAACAUAGUUGUAACUAUUGUCUGUGAAAAUGAGACAGCAGAGGGGCACAGCAUACAGGCCCAAACUACAACACCUACUAGUGUUUCCCCUAGGUACAGAUCUGGGAUCAGCUUCCCCUUCUCCAAUCCUAACCUUAACAUUUUAGCUGAGAAAAGGACAAAACUGAUCCAAGAUCAGCAUCUAAGGGCAACGUCAUCCUACACCAUGCAGACAUGAGCAUUCAUUCCUGUUCCUGUUGUGGCUUUUGCCCUCUGACCUCUGUGACAUGUUGAACUCCCUGUGAUGUGACUGGAGGAGUCUAGUGAUCUAGGUUUUGUGUGGGGGAGCCUGCUGGGUAAAAACCCCGAAGAAGCCAGACAUCAGAGGCAGGAGAGACUUGAUGUGGAGAUUGAAGAGGUACAGCGAACUGUGGACCAUGCAACUGUAGUAAACAGCUUCUGCUUAACUUUGCUUUGAGUGGAGCUUUUAGCUUUCCCUUUGCUGAAUGGACAUGUUUGAGAUGUUAACGUUUUCAAAAUGAGCAAAAAUAUAAAGCUAGAAAGUCAAAUGGGCUUAACAUUAUUUUGUUUGUCUUUUUAGUAAUUUUGUAUUAACACAAAUUAAAAUGCUACCAACUAUCGACUUGUCCAUUCAAGCAAGCAGUGGUUGAGCAAGUCCCACCUUUCUAACAGCUUGUUUGUGCUGUACAUAGUUCGCUGGAUGGUAGUUCUAGAUUAUCCUGACCCUAACCUCUAACACUUUGGCUGGGUUUGCUGGAUGUUGUUUAUCUGGCCUAACUCAUAGAUAGUGCAUUUAACAUUGACUGGCUGUGGUUUGAAGCAGAAUGUCAUGUUUCCAUUUCCCAGCACAACCGGUCUGGAGAUGGGAUGUUGAAUUGUGCUUUUCUCACGGCCUUGCCAAGGUGUGGGUCCCGUGUAGCUCAGUUGGUAGAGCAAAAAUGUAUGCACUCACUAACUGUAAGUCGCUCUGGAUAAGAGCGUCUGCUAAAUGACUAAAAUGUGCAUGAAACUGGGAAACGACUGGACAUACAAUUGUAAUGUAGUAUUUGAACCAGUAGAUGGCAGAGAUGCUUCAAUCAAGAAACAAAGCCCAGAAAAAAACAAUGAAACGUCUUCUGUCAAUUGUUCACGUUCCACCCAACUUGUAAUGAUUUGAGAAGAGAAGGGAAUCUUUUGGGUUGCAAUUAUGGAAAAGGUUAACAUAAGUGUGUGUGUGUGCGACCCUGUGUGUGUGUGUGUGCGACCCUGUGUGUGUGUGUGUGCGACCCUGUGUGUGUGUGCGCGACCCUGUGUGUGUGUGCGACCCUGUGUGUCAAAUCAAAAUCAAAUCAUAUUUUAUUUGUCACAUACAUGUGUUUAGCAGAUGUUAUAGCGGGUGUAGCGAAAUGCUUGUAAAAUUAGUUUUCCCCGGCUGUAUGUAACGAUACAAAACACUUUCUGAGCUAAUAAUGUAAAAAGUAAUACAUAAAAAAACAAAAUACUGCAAAGUUUCCUAAGAGCUAGUCGCGAGGCCGCCAUCUUCAUCUGCGCCGGUACUGUGCAUCCCUGUGUGUGUGCGUGUGUGUGUGUGCGACCCUGUGUGUGUGGUAAUGACAGUGAGGAUGAGUCCACAUUGUCACCUGGGAGAUAGUUGCUGGUCCAGACAGCCAGCCAGACAUAGCAGCUAAGCCUUUACCCACGGUCUGUUGGUCUCCCCAACCACCCUCUUGUUACACAUGACAAGCUCUCCUAAUCAAGACACAGCCCGUCAAGUCUCGCGUCGAUCCCCUUCUAAACAGGACCAGAGCGCUAACGCCGCACAACCCUUAUCAGCUCCACCUGUCAAUAUCCACCUCGUCUCAAAUGGAGCCAUGCAUAUCUGAGCACUGCUAAUUUGAGACCAAGGUCUCCCUCAGGACCCUGUAUUAUCUUAUCCCUGUGUAUCUGAUUAAUUAUUCAAUAAGUUCCUCUCUGUGUGUGUUCUGACAGACAGUCAUAUGUUUGGGGGCAACGGACUGAGACUGUUGUACUCCAGAGGGAGCGCUUGUUUAAAUGAGAGACAGGCAUUGGGCUGGUUAGGUAGGACCAUGAGGUAGCUGAUGAAUCAAUAACACUGCAGUAACCUUACAAACAGGACCAUUGAGAGAGAUGGCUCUCCAGAGGGGUGUAUGUAUCACAAAGUAGCAGGAACAGCAAAGUUGACCAGCUAACUUUGAUAAACAUUUACUGGAUCACAAAGCAGUAGCAUCUAACUUGGAUAAACAUUUACUGGAUCACAAAGCAGUAGCAGCUAACUUGGAUACACUGAUGUAUAGUCUCUUUUCAUAUGUUUUACAUGUCAACUGUCAGACCAGGAUUAGUAAGUUAGCUAACUUUGAUAAACAUUCACAUAAAGGUCUUGAUCAUUAGGCUAUAUCACACGUGUACACACACAACCAUAGGAUAUGCCAAAUAAUAAACCACAAGCUUAAUGGUUUUCGUUUUUAUGUCAAUGAAAUGACAACACAAAUGUAUUAACAUUGGAAGGCCUGAUAUGGGUGCUAUCCAAGGAGGAAAUCCUCUUAAUUAGCCUUGCCUAUGAAUCAGUUAGUUUAUAACGCUAUGUUACAUUUACUACUACUGUCCCUGCGUGGUGAGACGAUUUAAUGCUUCCAUCAGACCAGAAAUUAUUUAUCAGCAGUUUUCAGGGGCACAGUGGUCGUGUCCGAAUAACCAUACUAGCGUACUACAUACUUAAACUACAUACUACACUGAAAAAUAUAAAUGCAAAAUGCAACAAUUUCAAAGAUUUUACUGAGUUACAGUUCAUAUAAGGAAAUCAGUUAAUUGAAAUAAAUUAAUUUGGCUCUAAUCUAUGUAUUUCACAUGACUGGGAAUACAGAUAUGCAUAUGUUGGUCAUAGAUACCUUUUUAAAAAAAAUUUAGGGACAUGGAUCAGAAAACCUAUCAGUAUCUGGUGUGAUCACCAUUUGCCUCAUGCAGCGCAAGACAUCUCCUUCACAUAUAAUUGAUCAGGCUGUUGAUUGUGGAAUGUUGUCCCACUCCUCUUCAAUGGCUGUGCGAAGUUGCUGGAUAUUGGCGGGAACUGGAACAGGCUGACGUACACAUCGAUCCAGAGCAUCCCAAACAAGCUCAAUGGUUGACAUGUCUGGUGAGUAUCGAGGCCAUUGAAGAACUGGGACAUUUUCAGCUUCCAGGAAUUGUGUACAGAUUCUUGCGACAUGGGGCUAUGCAUUAUCAUGCUGAAACAUGAGGUGAUUGCGGCGGAUUAAUGGCACGUCAAUGGGCCUCAGGAUCUCGUCACAGUAUCUCUGUGCAUUCAAAUCACCAUCGAUAAAAUGCAAUUGUGUUUGUUGGUCGCAAACCCACAGUUUCAUCAGGUGUCUGGGUAGCUGGUCUCAGACGAUCCUGCAGAUGAAGAAGCCGGAUGUGGAGAGAUUAAUCCGUGAAGAGCACACUUCUCCAGCGUGCCGGUGGCCAUCGUAGGUGAGCAUUUGCCCACUGAAAUCGGUUAUGAUGCAAAACUGCAGUCAGGUCAAGACCUGAUGAGCACGCAGAUGAGCUUCCCUGAGACGUUUUCUGACAGUUUGCAGAAAUGUUUUGGUUGUGCAAACCCACAGUUUCAUCAGCUGUCCGGGUGGCUGGUCUCAGACGAUUCCGCAGGUGAAGAAGCUGGAUGUGGAGGUCCUGGGUUGGCGUGGUUACACGUGAGGCCGGUUGGAUGUACUUCCAAAUUCUCUAAAAUGACGUUGGGAGGCGGCUUAUGGUGGAGAAAUGAACAUUCAAUUCUCUGGCAACAGCUCUGGUAAACAUUCCUGUAGUCAGCAUGCCAAUUGCACGCUCCCUCAAAACAUGAUCUGUGGCGUUGACAGAACUGCAUGAUCAUUACACAGGUGCACCUUGUGCUGGGGACAAUAAAAGGCUGCUAAAAUGUGCAGUUCUGUCACACAACACAAUGCUACAGAUGCCUCAAGUUUUGAGGGAGCGUUCAAUUGGCAUGCAGACUGCAGGAAUGGCCACCAGAGCUGUUGCCAGAAUACUUUAUUUCAAUUGACUUAUUUCCUUGUGUACCUUAACUCAAUAAAAUCUUCUGAAGUUGUUGCAUGUUGUGUUUUUUAUUUUUGUUCAGUAUAUUUAGGACUUAAGUAUGGAUAUUCGGACAUGGCCACUGUCUUAAAUAAAACUGGCCCCAUCACGUGAUUUCUUUGUGUAAAGGUCUUCUUGCUUUAAAUGUUCUGUAUGUCCAGGUUGUUGUGGUUGAUGUGAAGGGAUAUUGCACUGUAAUAUGUAAUGUUGGUAAGAGGAGGCAGAUGAUGAUGAUGAUGAUGAUGAUGGUUGUGUGUGUGUGUGUGUUAGCUGAAGGAGGAGAUUGAUAAACUGGAGGACCGUGUGGAAUGGGCCAACAAUGCACUGAAGGGUGACUGGGGCCGAUGGCAGAGGAGCAUGAGAGGAGACCUCAAAUCAGCCUUUCUCUCCACCGCAGAGAAGAACGUAGACUACUACGAGAAGGUGAGAUACUCUGACUGGUUAGCGGGAUGGAUGGAGGGAGGGAAAUUUGGAUAG